AAGCAGUCGCAGACACUGCUCAGGUCGGCCGCGCCCCAGGGACAGGCGCAGAGCCUUGAGGCUAGUGCUGUAGCGGGCCGGCCGCGGGUCUACAGCUGCCUCUCACUGGCGGGGCGCUCACAGCACGGGCGGCCCCCCCGCCGCUCUGCGCUCUGGCCGCUGCCAACCCCCGAGAAUCAGCUGGUGCGCAUGCGCGAACAGUUCCGGCAACGACGGCGAUCCGGGUGUCACGUGGGGCCGGGGAGCCUAUGGGGCGGCAGCUUGCUGCGGGGUCGCCGGGAGUCGGUGUCUGGGCCUGUGGCGCCUGCUGGUUCCUCAGGGGCGGCCCCGCAGCCUCCGCCGGCCCGGAAUGUGCUGAGCGACGCCGCCGCGUUCCCGUAGCAGGCCGAGGCAGCCGCCGCCUCGCCCGAGGCGGGUACACUAUAACUAGAGUAAGUAUCCAUGAUGGAUGGAAUCAUAAAUACUAAGAAUUUGAGAACUGAGCCAAUCACAGCUCAGGUGUGAAUGACAGAGGAGGUGCCCCCAACUGCAGUUAGUGACAUAAACCUGCGUCUUCUCUGCCACGAUGACAUAGAUGUAGUGAAACAGCUCUGCGGUGACUGGUUCCCAAUAGAGUACCCUGACUCAUGGUAUCAGGACAUCACUUCCAACAAGAAGUUCUUUUCCCUUGGAGCCACCUACAGAGGCACCAUUGUGGGAAUGAUAGUAGCUGAAAUAAAGAGCAGAACAAAGGUGCAUAAAGAGGAUGGGGAUAUUCUAGCUUCCAAUUUUGCGGUCGAUACUCAAGUUGCUUACAUUUUAAGUCUAGGAGUGGUGAAAGAAUUUAGAAAACAUGGAAUAGGUUCCCUCUUACUUGAAAGCUUGAAGGAUCAUAUAUCGACAACUGCCCAAGACCACUGUAAAGCCAUCUACUUGCAUGUCCUCACCACCAACAAUACAGCAAUUAACUUCUAUGAAAAUAGAGACUUUAGACAGCACCACUACCUGCCCUAUUAUUAUUCUAUCAGAGGGGUCCUCAAAGACGGCUUCACCUACGUUCUAUACAUCAAUGGCGGACAUCCUCCUUGGACAAUCUUUGACUACCUACAGCACAUUGGCUCAACGCUCGCCAGCCUGAGCCCAUGUUCGAUUCCUCACCGGAUAUACCGCCAAGCCCAGAGUCUCCUCCGCAGCCUGCUGCCAUGGUCUGGCAUUUCCGCAAAGAGUGGUAUUGAAUACAGCCGGGCAACGUGACACAGUCAGAUGGUGACAGCAAAGCGAGAGGAUCAUUCUUCCCUUUAUCUCCUGAAUCAUCUGGCUCUGCACUGAUUCCAGUUAUGCGGGCUUCCUAUCAACAACCCAGCCUCUUAAAAUUGACCACUCAGCGGUGGAUUGACUGAGAUUUGGCAGACUGUAUGCUUGACUUGCUGUAGCCCUUCUUGCCAUCUUCUUGCCAGAGUCCCAAGGCAUCCUGUGUGGAUUGACAGUCAUUACUGUCUUAUAAGGGGUGUCACUGUGCUGUAGGCAAGUGGCCCUUCCUAUUACAGCUCUGUGUGUUACUCCUCCCCUCCUCUCCCUCUCCCCUUGCUUUUGGCCAGUACUCAUGUAGAUGCACAUAGUUGUACAUGAGAUGGACAAGGAUGUAGUCAUCUGCUUUGCAUAGCAUAGCUAAUGACAGGAAUGUACAAUAAGGCAAUCAACAUGCACUGAUCAACCAUGUUAGAACCCACACAAUACAUCAGAGGGCCAGGGCUGGGCCAUGUCCUCUUAGUCCAAGGUCCAAUGGAAAUGGGGCACAUUUCUCUUGGGCUCCCGUGCUCCUGCUGAGGAGUCUGUGUUGCUGCUGGUAACACUCCUGCCCACUCACAGGAAGGAAAUUGCUGCUGAGAUGCCCAGAGAUAGUCAUCACCCCAUGACUUAAAAAGAAGUGUCUGAUUCACGAUGCUCCAAAGUAGAAGACAGGGAUUGAAAUUACUGUUUCAUAGUGAAAUAUAUAUAUACUGUAUAGAUCCUUCUGCCUUGAGUCUGAGCUAGAGCUCACCAGGAUAUGAGUGGGGGAGAUGUAUAGAGUUAUUCCUGUAGUUGGAGCCCCUGAGGAAAGAGAGUGAGACAUCUCCAUUCCCUUACCUGGUCACCAUUGGAACCUAAGUUAAUCUCCCGCAGGCUCUCUAGGAAUGAGAUUUGUGCACAGAUUGCUGCUUUUGAAGUAAAUUAGCUGCUGCCCCUCUUGUGUUUGUAGAGACUGCAGGCCAUGAGAGAUGUGCAGGGGAUGCGCCGAUGGGCAGCCUCCCUGCGUCUUUGCCAGGAGUCUGGUAUUGAAGUCCCUGAGGAGGCUGCAAUGUGACUGUCAAUAGUGAAAUGCUUGCUUUGUUUGUACAAGACUUGUGCAGGACACUUGUCUCCCCAUGUGGAGCUUGCCAGACAUUGACCUCCCCAAUAGGCAGAAGGCCCCAGACCCUCCCCACGUAUUAAACUAAUGUGCAAAAAGAUCCCAUAGCCACAGGAGUGGCACCUGAGUGCAAGCAGGACAUUAGAAUAGUGCUGUCCCUCAGCUCUGCUAGUGGGAGCAUUUAGAACGGAGCAAAUAGGAGCAAAGCAUACACUGUUGGUAAAUGCCUGGCCUCCUUCCAGCAAUGGUCAACAAGCCCCUUCUUCCCUGGCGGAGGCUGUGCUCCCUUGGCUCUGCACCCCUGUCCCCACUGUUCAUGUACCCACUUUGAAACUGGGAGUUGGCAGAGGAAGUCUUGAACUAAAGUUGGUGUGUUGUCUCCUGCUGCUGGCAGUGUGGGUGGCAGGUAUCUAGGAGGUUACUAUUGAGACAGGGAGUGAUGGGGUCUUACAGCACAAAGUUGCUUAAAGUAACUUAAAUCUGCUGGAAGAACUAGCUCUCCAGAUGUCACUUAAAGACAAGUCAAUGUCUAACUGUAGAGGAUAACUAUCCCCUUGCUAUUACCAUGCCAGCUGCUAUCUAAAUAGGGUGAGAAUAGCAUCUGUCUUGUCAGGGGCCUCUGCCUGGCACUGCCAGAAUCCCAAGGGCAGUCUUGGCACCCCCCUUCAGGAGGCUCUGAGAAGCCCGUUUUUUAAAUACAGAAUGUGUGCUGCAGAUACAGCUUGCACUCUUAACCCUGUCCCAUGUGGGUUGGAGCCAAGCCCAGGAAGUUUCUUCAAUCAGGCCCUGGGAUGCCACUGUGUGUCUUCCCUUGAGGCAGCAGUGGGGAUCAUUGUUGAAGGUGCUGUUCAUUUCCCAGCUCAGCAGGACAUGCUCAGCUUCAUUUGUUAUAUUGCUGGAAUAGAUUGUUUAAUCACAAAAGAGACUGUUUCUCAGUCAAAGCAUUCUAGCUAUAAUGCGUAAGAACAGCUGGGAUUUUAGCAGGAAAAUUCCUUUUGUGGAGCUGGUACAGAUGCACAAACUGCUGCUGUGCAGUGGGGAAAUGUCUGAGCUUCAAAAUGGAUGCUUCACUUGGUGUAGAUCAUGUGGGCUGAAGGAGGCUAAUGACUCGAAGGGAGAGGGCCUCUGGGGAAAGCUGGAGAAUGGGUUGGUGUUGGGGCUGCACAGUCGUCAUUGUGUGUCUAAUUCAGUGCAGUGUGGCAGGUAGAGCCCCUGCCUGAGAAAGAGGGCAGUGACUGACCAGCAUGGGCUGGGACCAGAGUUUUAUGGGCAAACUUCCCCCAUUCUCUGUGAGGAGGGGAGAUCUAGCCAGUGCCAUGCAGUGAUCUCACCAGGUCCUGCAAUGGGAUGAUCUUCACCCAUUCAGACUGAGAAUCAGCCCUCCUACCCCACCAGCUCUGCUUCAUUUUUGUGCAUGUACCUUACGUCUUUCAGGUCUUUUGGCUGGGGAGCCCUUCUCUUGCAAAGUUGUCUCCCAGGAAGGAAUGGAAUCUCUGUAUGUGUAUGUGCACUCCGUGCUUUGCAGCCAGGGCCACCCCACCCAGCAGGCUGGGCAAGAUGUCAGUCCUCUCCUGACACUGAAAUGUCUUAGAUCCAGCAUGACAGUUAAGCUGCUUAGAAGUGGUUUUUUUAAAGGGCUACUCUGAACCAAGCCUGUUUCCUUGGGAUGGGCUGACACCUCCCCAGAGAACUUGUCAGCCUUGUUCUCCUGUCACCUUGUUUUUCUUGUCUCCCUGGCCCACCUGCCUGGUAUGGAUACCAGUGUGCUCUGUAUGGGGGGCGGGAGAGGGAGGAAGAACUGUUUCCUAAUCAUCCAACAGAAACUUUUAGCAAAUGUUUUCAGUGUAAAGAAGUUCUAACCCAGUAUUCAUUAUGCACUCAGCUGCUGGGCCACAUGGGAUGUUAAGGGCUGCAGCCCUUGUGGGGUACAUCCCUCUGAUCUGCCCAGCCCAGGUCUCCAGACUCUGGCUGAUUUACAGCAGCCCGAGAUUUCCUCUCCCUUCAGUGCCCAUCUGUAUUCUAGUCAGGAAACGCCAUCCUGCUUCCCCUGUUGGACCUGUGCUGUUGGUGGUAUGGGAGCUAAGAGGGUGAGGGGACCAGAGAUGUCUGUAAUAGACUGAAUCUGCUUCUCACUGGCAACCUGCUUUCUGUGUAGUUAGGAAUGGGUGCCAUCUAGCCUCCUCCUGCCUGCCAUAAGACUUGUACUGCUCCUGGUUGGGCCUCUCUAGCUUCUGUGUGCAGGAAGUGGAGGGAAUGUGGGCAUCCUAGGACUGAUGGGCUUUUCCUAGGGAGGGGAAGUUACCCUGUGGAACCUCCUUGUUCACUCCCUUGUCCUAUCCCCAUGCACAUGUCCUAGUAUUGCAUUUUUAAUUUGUGUGUGCUAAUGAAGUGCAGGGCCACAUGGCUGAGUUAGCCUGCUCUUGUACACACAGGAACCAAAAUAGGGAGUGAUCAGUCUGUUGUUGGUGCAGCUGCUGCAUUAACAUGCGCCACAGAGGAACAGAUUCUCUAGUUGCCAGUAAGAUCACCAACAAUCCUUCCGUUUUGGGGCUGCCGUAGAGGCACUCAGAGGGACAGGGUCUGAUUGGCUUGAACUCCUAUUACAGACCCUUCCUGGAGAGGCCUUGCCAUUCACAGUCAUUGUGUGACAGAUGGCUUUAUUCUCAACAUGUUUUUAGAUGGGGCUUGUUGGUUCUUCCCCCUGUAAAUGAGUUGGGUCCCCAGUGGGAAAAAUCCUGAGCUCUCUCUUCUGUGCCAGUGAGAUCUUCCCAGGCAGAGCAGCCAUUGCCAAUCUGCUUUGGCCAAGGCCUCUGGCUGAAAGGAUUUGUCAGUUGAAACUGUUCCUGGUAAUGCUGUAUGGAGGCUCCCAGCUGUGAAAUUACAGGGGCACCUAUUCAAGCCCAGCUCCCUGCCCAAGCAGACUUUGCCAGGUGCUCUGUUUGAGCUUUCAAUCAUGUAUCCUACACUGUAGUAUUUAGGACUGUGAAUUUUCCAAUGUAAAUGACCCUUGAUCUAGUGGCUCCAGGCAGAUUCCAUUUCCUCACAUCCAGAGGGAGAGGCUUUGGUUUCUCUCAAGGCAUCUUAACCUAAUUUGCAGUAACUGGUUUUGUAUUCUCCCCCCCCCCCCAUGUAGCUCAUUUUUUUAAAGUGUGUACACCUGUGCUUGAGGAUUUAGUUGCUAAAUAUGCUUCAGUGUGCAUGGGGUUUGUGUUCCUUGCACUUUACUAUCUCUCUGAAAUAGCUGUACAAUACAGAAUGUUUUUUCUCAUGGGUCUGGGUUUCAACUCUUCCAACUGUUUUUGUACCCAUAGCUGUUGUCCAUGCUAACUACCAGUGCUCCAGCAAGAGGAGACAAGCUACUUGUCCUACCUGCGAUGCCCCUUUAUGAACUCUGUCCUCAUUGCAACAGCUUGUCAGUCACACCACCCCUCCUGCCCUGUUAUUUAUUGAAGAGCAUAUUGCUGCCACAGUCAGCCUGUCUCUCUAAAUGUCUUUAAUUAAAAUGAUUUUUUUCUUU